CGAUACAUUGUUUGCCGACUCAAAACUCAUGGAUAUUCCGAAGAAUAAUGCUGAAAACACAAAGUCUAAAACAAAAAGACAAGACAAUUGAAAUUUCCUUCGAACAUUUGCAAGUAAUGACAGCUAUUGGAGACAUGAAUACGACGCUUCAACAAGUUUUAGAUAAUCAAAAUAAAUUGAUGAAUUUGUGGGAAGCGUCAGGCAUCCUUAAAGGAAUGCCUCAAGCCUUUCACGAAAAAUAUGAAUUAAAUAUCCUUUUUAAAACAGUAGAGGAGUUUAUAAAUUUCAAUGAAUUAGUGCAAAAAAAUAAUGAUUGUCUGUGUGAUUUUGUCCGGUCGUUACAUGUUUUGAUUGAUCGACGCAGAAAUCAUGUUAAAACAAUUAUAAACAUAUUAAAAAAAUACAUGACCCGAGAUGUCGCUUUAAAAUAUACAGCACAAAAACAAUGUACUGAUAAAUUAGUGCUCAAGGAAUUGUCUUUUUGUAAAUCAAUAAUAGAAUUAGCAACGCACAAACUCAUCAACGAAAAUAAUCAGUCACUAACGGAAAAGGAAAUUCUGAGUGCUAUUGGUUACUGCUUAACAAGCGCAAAAGAUUGGGAUGGACAUCGCGCAAAGAGGAACAAAGUACAAAACCUAUAG